AUGGACCAACAAACCCACGACGACCGCGACAGCGACGACAAACCGCGAUCAGAAUGCCACAUCGAAGUCCUCAAGCCCGACCUGUCCAACGGGACAGACGAAACCGAGAACAUGGGCACCGGUCGGUUCAUAUGGCUCGUUGCCUCGACCGCCUCCAUCGGCGGCAUGUUAUUCGGGUACGACACGGGCAUCAUCUCCGCCGUCUUGGUCUACCUGCACGACGACUUGGGCCAUGGCCUGUCGCCUAGCGAGAAGGAGAUGAUCACGGCCCUGUGCUCAGCCGGGGCAUUCGUCGGGGCCAUCAUCGCCGGACUGAUCGCCGAUCGAUUCGGUCGUAAGGAUACCAUCUACGUCGGGUGUUUCCUGUUCACCGUCGGCGCGAUCCUCCAGGCAGCGGCGUACUCCUUGGCGCAGAUGGCCGUGGGAAGAUUGAUCGUCGGGUUCGGAGUCGGAUCAGCGGCGAUGAUUGUGCCGAUGUAUAUUGCGGAACUGGCGCCGACGAAGCAUCGUGGCCGGAUGAUCGGGUUGAACAAUGUGAGUAUCACGGGCGGACAGGUGAUCAGUUAUGCGAUCGGCGCUGCGUUUGCCAACGUGGACCAUGGAUGGCGAUACAUGGUUGGACUGGGAGGCCUUCCGAGUCUGAUAUUAGCCGCUUGCCUUCCCUUUUGUCCGGAGUCACCUCGCCAAUUGAUAUACCAUGACCGACACGAGGAGGCAAGACACGUCCUGCAGCGCAUUUUCAAACAUGCCACGCCGGAGCAAGUCGGCGUGAAGGUCCGCUUGAUCGAAGAUGCAGUCCGGGAGGCUCGAUCGUACAACGAGGGACGCAGUCGUCUGCAAAUGAUCAAGCAGCUGCAUACCAAUCCGGCGUAUUUCCGGGCGUUGGUAUGCGCCUGUGGAUUAAUGGUGAUCUCGCAAAUGUCCGGAUUCAACACGCUCAUGUACUACUCCUCAACGCUAUUCGCGCUGGUCGGGUUCGCCAACCCCGUGGCCGUCGGGCUCGUCGUCUCCGGCACGAACCUCCUCAUGACCUUCGUGAACAUGAUGGUCGUUGACCCCUGGGGACGACGACGCGUCCUCGUUUCCACAGCCUGGGGGAUGUCCGCCUCCCUCGUCGCGACAGCAGUGGCCUUCAAAUCCAUCCCCGUGGACACCGAGACGCUCGAGCUCCGCGAGACGCAAGUCCAGACACCCGCAAUCGUGGUCCUCGUAUUCAUCAUCCUCUUCGUAAUCUUCUACGGCGUCUCAGUCGGGAACACGGCGUGGAUGAGCGCCGAUUUCUUCGCCAUGGAGGUCCGCGCCAUGGGAACCAUGUAUAUGUCGUGUUGCUGCUGGGGCGCGAACCUGAUCGUCUCGUCGACCUUCCUGACCAUGAUGAAGUCAAUUACCCCGUCCGGGGCGUUUGGGUUCUACGCGGCGCUGUGUGGCGUGGGAUGGGUGGCCAUUGUGCUGUUUUAUCCGGAGGUGUCAGGGCUGAAUUUGGAGGAGAUUGGGGAGGUGUUUGGGCAUGGCUUUGGGGUAAAAUAUGCGAGGGAUCUGAGGAAGAGGCGGAAGAUGGCUGUGCAGGAGGGUUCAUGA